CCAUGUUUGGAUCUAGCUAGUAGGCUAGCCUCCCGUGUUUUGGGGAGAGGUGUUUAGGUUGCUUGAUGGGGAGGGUUGCAUUAUUUUACAUAACCGUAUCAGCAAAAUGCAUACCUCCCAAACUUGCCCAUCAAUUUAUUUACUUCGUAUAACACUUAAGGGCUGUUAGGUCGAUGCAUAUCAAAUGAUAACGCACCUAAAGCUCUGUCGUGGUUAUCCAUCUUUUGAAGAUUAGCCUGUACUGGGACUCGCUCCCUAUUGCGAAUUCUUGCGUCUUUUGCUGUCGGAAUGUUCUCUAAGAAGACUCAUGGAGACGUCAAAAAAUCUACACAGAAAGUGUUGGAUCCAAAAAAGGAUGUGCUGACUCGUCUGAAACACCUGCGAAUAGUAAUCGAGAAUGCUGAGCCGUGUGACCUGAAACACUUCUUUGACCAGUACUACUCCCACAUCUACUAUGUCUUCUUUGAGAACUUUGUCACCAUCGAAGUCAGCCUCAAACAAAAAGGUCACAAAUCGCAAAGGGAAGAACUGGAUGCCAUCCUUUUCAUUUUUGAGAAAAUCCUGCAGCUGCUGCCAGAGAGGAUACAGGGACGAUGGCAGUUCCACAGCAUAGGGUUGAUCCUGAAGAAGUUGUUACACACUGGGAACUCCCUGAAGAUCCGACGGGAGGGGGUGCGUCUGUUCCUCCUCUGGAUGCAGGCCCUGCAGGGGAACGCCCUGAGAGAGCAGCUGUGUAUGUUUGCCUGCCUCAUCCCCGGCUUCCCCUCCCCCCUGUCAGAACUCGGCCCCCGCACCCUGGACAACCUGGUCAACCCCCCCCUCAGUCUGCUGGAGACGCAAGUGACCCCAGAGGAAAUCAGCCCAUUGGUUCCUCCCCAGUCAGGUGACAAGAACCAGGAAGACCUGACUGGCUACUUUCUGGAGGCUCUGCUUAAAUACAUGGUAACGCAGGCAAAGAGUCUGGAGUGGCGUUGCAAGGAGAACCAUGAGAAAGGUUUUGCCUUCCUGUUUGAAAACUUCAAGAAGUUCUACCUUCCUCACAUCUUCCCCAACUUCUCCAAGGAGACCAGCCUCUACCAGCCCAUCCUGGAGGUGCCCCCCAUCCGGGCGAAGCCGUACUACUGUGUGGUGCGCCGGGAGCACGAGAACAGCGAGGUGGUGUACUGCACCAAGGACAGCUUCCUGCAGGCCAGGGUGAUCUUCAUCCGCUGGCUGGUGUCCUUCUGGCUGGAACCCCGCUCCAACACCACCACCAUCAUCCCCGGGACGGAGGGGGAGAACGUGCCCAAGAACAUCCAGCGCGCGGCAGCAGGCCUGGCAGCGCGCCUGGAGGACGGGGGCGGUUUCCCCCGGCAGCCGGACGGCCUGGACGGGGGCGUGGGCGGGGCGUGCGAGGGGGAGCAGAGCCACUCCAACACCAGCACCCUGACGGAGAGGGAGCCCAGCUCGUCCAGCCUGUGUAGCAUGGACGAGGAGCAGCUGACCGACAUGGAGGUGGUCCGCCGAGUGCUCUGCUGCUCCCGGACCAACGUCAACUUCAUCACGGAGAUCUUCAGACAGGCGUUCCUGCUGCCCAUGUGUGAAGCUGCGGCCAUGAGGAAAGUGGUGAGGGUGUACCAGGAGUGGAUCGCCCAGGAGGACAAGCCAGUCUUCAUGAGGGAGCCAGAGGAGGGUCUAAAUCCCAUGGCCGGGAGGAACAGCCAGGAGCCACGGGUGCCGCAGGAGAAGGAGGAGGAGGGUGUGAAUAAAAUGAUUGACAACGAACUGCUGGAGUACAGUGUUCAUGCUGGAGUCCAACCAACUCUACAGGUGUUCAUCACCAACUCUUCCAAUGUCUUCCUCUUGGAGCCAGCCAAUGAGGUGAAGAUCCUGCUGGAGGAACAUGUGGACAUGUGCAAGAGAGUCCUCAACAUCUACCGUAGCCUGGUCAUGCACGAGACCAUGGACCAGAAGACCUGGGAGCAGAUCCUGCUGGUGCUCCUCAGGGUAACAGAGUGUGUGAUGAAGAGGCCUCCCUCCAUAAUGCCCCAGGGAAAGAAGAGCAUGACUCUAUCUGGACGUCUGGCUGGAGCCGUCUUCCAGACUCUGAUCGUGGCGUGGAUCAAGGGGAACCUGAACGUGUACAUCAGCCGGGAGCUGUGGGACGACCUGCUGGCCGUGCUGUCCUCGCUCACCUGCUGGGAGGAGCUGGUCACCGAGUGGUCCCUCACCAUGGAGACGCUCACCAAGGUUCUGGCCCGGAACCUCUACAGCCUGGACUUACAGGAGCUGCCGCUGGACAAACUGAGCGAACAGAAGCAGAAGAAGCACAAGGGGAAAGGUGGAGGUCUGGAGGGGCAGAAGAUGGUGGUGGACCGCUCCUUCUCCAAGGGCUGGAGCAGAGACCAGCCGGGCCAGGCGGCAGCCAUGAGGCAGCGCAGCGCCACCACGGCCGGCUCCCCAGGCAUCGAGAAGGCACGCAGCAUCGUGCGCCAGAAGACCGUGGAUCUGGAGGACCCCCCUAUGGCCAUGGCCCCCCGCGCCCCACGAAUACGCCACGCCUCCCAGAGUGAGGAAGUCCCGCCUUCUGAGGUGUUCUCUGCGUCAGGUGACCUGGAGGCCCCGCCCCCACCCCUCCCCCGCAGCAGCAGCGCCUCUGACAUCAUGGAGCCCUUCAUCACCGAUAGGGUCAAAGCCAAUAAGGAGGAGGGGGGUCAGAAGACACGCCCUGUGUCCAGCGAUGCAGGAAGCACCAACCCAAACUUUACUGACCUGAUGGACGAAUUCAUACAGGAGAGACUCCGGACCCGAGGCACCUCUGGUCGCCGUGGUAGCAGCCCAGGCAUUCUGGAGAUCCCCAAGGACCUCCCAGAGCUGCUGGAGCGGCAGGGCGCCACGCGGCCCGUCGACGACCCCGGCGUGCCCUCCGAGUGGACCUCUCCCGCCAGCGCCAGCGGCAGCGACGUGGUCAGCUCCGACAGCCAAUCAGACUCCUUCAACGCCUUCCAGUAUUCCAACUGCAAGUUUGAGAAUUUCAGUUUUGGCUCGGAGGCUGGUGGUAACGGAUCGUUGGACCAGGACAGCCUGGGAGGGGGCGUGGGCCAGAGCGCUGACGAGCAGGAAGUGGCCAGUCUGACCACGCUCAACAUGGACUCUGAGUCCAGCAGCCUCAGUCAGCACGGCCUGUCUGCUGAUACUGUCACCAUAACAGGGUCAGAGAGUGCGUCUCCGGUGCAUUCUCUGGGGGGGUCCAGAUCCCAGACCCCGUCUCCAGCCACUCUCACUGCUGAACACACUGAACACAAAGACCUGCAGCUGGAUGAGAAGCUGCACCACUCUGUCCUGCAGACUCCUGACGACCUGGAAGCUAGUGAGUUUCCGACGGAGGACUGCAGUGUCAUGGCGGGCGGCACGCUCACAGGCUGGCACGCCGAUGUUGCCACGGUGAUGUGGAGGCGGAUGUUGGGUAUCCUGGGAGACGUCAACACCAUCAAAGACCCAGAAAUCCACGCUCAGGUGUUUGACUACCUGUGCGAGCUCUGGCAGAACCUGGCCAAGAUCAGAGACAACCUGGGCAUCUCAUUGGACAACCAGUCGUCUCCGCCCCCUCCGGUCCUGAUCCCGCCCCUCCGCAUCCUCACUCCCUGGCUCUUCAAGGCCACCAUGCUGACGGAGCGCUAUAAGCAAGGGAAGCUUCAUGCCUACAAGCUGAUCUGCAAGAUCAUGAAGAGGAGGCAGGAUGUGUCGCCCAACUCCGACUUCCUCACACACUUCUACAACAUCAUGCACUGCGGCCUGCUGCAUGUGGACCAGGACAUCGUGAACACCAUCAUCAAGCACUGCUCCCCUCGCUUCUUCUCCGUGGGCCUGCCGGGAGCCACCAUGCUCAUCCUGGACGUCAUCAUUGCCGCCAGCAGAGUCACUGCCAGCGCCUCGCUCAAUGCCCCCAGGGUGGAGGCCCAGAUCCUGCUGGGCUCUCUGGUGUGUUUUCCCAACCUGUACGAGGAGCUUCCUGCUCUCCACCCCACCACCGCCGACGUGGUCAUGACCAAGUUCAGAGACGUCAAGGAGCACAUCAUCAAACACAUCCUGAGUUCAGCUAGAGAUGAGCCCUCGGCUCCAGCACGGUGCGUGGCUCUGUGCAGCCUGGGGAUCUGGCUGUGUGAAGAGCUGGUCCACGGCACUCAGCACAUCCAGAUUAAAGAAGCUCUCAACGUCAUCUGUGUGACCCUCAAGUAUCCCAAUAAGAGCGUGGCCCUGGUGGCCUCAGACAUCCUGCACCUGCUCAUCAGCUACGUGGACCACCUUCAGAAGUUCCCCCCCGACACGCCAAAGAAGAUCGUGGAGAUCCUGAUCGCCACCAUCACCUACCUGCUGCCCACUACUGAGUGCUCGCCCCACGAGCUGGACAAGAGGCUGGUGGUAUCUCUCCUGCUGUGCCUGUUGGACUGGGUGAUGGCCCUGCCUCCACAGACCCUGCUGCAGCCCGUCAACACACUCAGCCCCGACAAGGAGCACCGCAGCGACAAGUCUGUCCUCAGCUGCAUAUAUAAGGUUCUCCAUGGGUGUGUAUACGGAGCCCAGACUCUGAGCAGCUCCAGGUACUUCCCCCUGAACCUGUCUGACCUGACCAGCCCGGACUACGACCCCUUCCUGCCCCUGGAGAGCCUGAAGGAGCCCGAGCCUCUUCACUCCCCCGACUCUGAGCGCUCCUCCAAACUGCAGCCUGUCACGGAGGUUCGUAGUCGACUCCAGCACGGUUUGAUCUCCAUCGCGGCCAGGACGGUCAUCACCCACCUGGUCAACCACCUGGGACACUACCCCAUGAGUGGAGGGCCUGCCACGUUGACCAGCCAGGUGUGUGAGAGCCAGGACAACCCAUACAGUGAGAGUGCCGACCUGGGCCCGGAGCUCUUCCACUCCCCCAACCUGCAGUUCUUCUCCCUGAACGGCACCACCCUCCUGUCCUGCCUGCAGAUCCGGGCCGAGGACGGCCUCCCAGGAGGGGGCAUGUCAGCCGGCCUCACCACCACCCCCGCCUGCGUGCGCCUCAUCGUCAGGGACAUCUCGGGCAAACACUCCUGGGACUCUGCAGUGUUGUACGGACCGCCCCACUGCCCCGGGUGCAACCCCGAGUCUGGGUCCGGGUCUCCCCCUGGCCACGCCCUGCUGCUGUGCAGCCCACCCCGAGAGGGGAGAGGGGGGCCGGGGGCCGGGGAGGCGACAGGGGAGAAAGGAGAGGAGGACUUUGGGGAGGAAAGGGAGGAGGAGGAGGAGGAGGAGGUGGGCGGGUUGGAGGAGGCGGAGGAAGACGAGGGGGAGGGGCUGGAGGAGGAGGAGCAGGGGGAGGAGAGGGGGGAGGGUGCAGAAGGAGACGAAAACAGGAGAGAGGAAAGGGAGGAAGACAAGGCGGAGGACAAAGGGGUGUGUCUCGAGCUGUUGGCCCCGCCCCUCGCCAAGCGCGUGUGCAGGGAGACGGUGCCAUCGUGGGAUGCGCUGCGAGACGGCGAGGACGCCCUGGACGAGAUGCUGCUGUACCUGGGAUACUCCAGCCCCGAGUGUCUUCAGCGCGCGGGCACGCCCCUCAACAUCCCGGCCCCACCCCCCACCUGCGUGUCGGAGAAGCAGGAGAACGACGUCAUCAACGCCAUCCUCAAGCAGUGCGCCGCGGAGCGCGACUUCGCCCGUCACCGCGGCGACGGGCCCAACAUGCGCGCCAUGGGGCAGAGUGAGCCCCUCCCCCAGCGGCCCCAGUCCCCCUUCUACUACUGCCGGCUGCUGCUCAACAUCCUGGGGAUGAACUCCUGGGAGAACAGGAGUAACUUUCACCUGCUUAAGAAGAACGAGAAGCUUCUAAGGGAGCUGAAGAACCUGGACUCCAGGCAGUGCCGAGAGACCCACAAGAUAGCUGUUUUCUACGUAGCAGAGGGUCAGGAGGACAAACACUCCAUCCUGUCCAACACCAGUGGCAGUCAGGCCUACGAGGACUUUGUCUCUGGACUGGGUUGGGAGGUGAACCUGACCAGCCACUGUGGCUUCAUGGGCGGUCUGCAGCGUAACCGUAGCACUGGCCUGACCACGCCCUACUACGCCACCUCCACCGUCGAGGCCGUCUUCCACGUGUCGACUCGCAUGCCCCCAGACUCAGACGACUCCCUCACCAAGAAGCUGAGGCACCUGGGUAACGACGAGGUCCACAUCGUGUGGUCGGAACAUUCCAGAGACUACCGCAGAGGCAUCAUCCCCACUGAGUUUGGAGACGUGCUCAUUGUCAUCUACCCCAUGAAGAACCACAUGUGCAGCAUCCACAUCCUCAAGAAGCCUGAGGUGCCGUUCUUUGGCCCCCUGUUUGACGGAGCCAUCGUGGAUGAGAAGAUCCUACCCACGAUGGUCAGAGCCACAGCCAUCAAUGCCAGCCGUGCCCUCAAGUCCCUCAUUCCCCUUUACCAGAACUUCUACGAGGAGAGAGCGCGGUAUCUAGAGACUAUCGUCCAGCACCACCUGGAGCCAACCACGUUUGAGGAUUACGCUGCCCGAGUCUUCAGUCCUGCCCCUUGCCACCACCUCUCCUCCGACGCAGAUCCUAAUGUUUCACUUGUGUAUAUAUAAAGGCUCAUGCCUAGAGAGUCAGUGGGGAGAAAGUCCAGCAGUGCUGCUCGACGGGACCGACUCAGCCUCGCCAAUGUCCCCUCGUACUAGCAAGAGCCGCAUGUCAAUGAAGCUACGACGCUCUUCUGGAUCGGCCAAUAAGACCUGAGUUUCCCUCCAAAUCAGCCAAUAAGACCUGACUUCCUCCCCAACUUGGCCAAUGAGAACAGAUUUCCCCUUUGGAUCAGCCAACAUGACCUGACGUUAGCGUGUUGCCAUGCCUUGGGCCACGCCCAGCAUUUACCUGGGCUGCUACACCUGUCUGGCUCAACCAGUCUCUGCUGUUACACCUUCCUGGACCCGCCUUACCUGUCGAGAUAACACUCAAAAAGACAAGAACUCCUGUCACUACCUGGAUCAUCAAAAACAGCCUCCUUCAAACUAUAACAAAGAAAAUACAGAGACUUGUUCGUCUUUUAAGGUUACAUUAUAGGCAGUGAGAGAGUGUACUAUAGUGUAUGAAUAGUUUAUGUAUAGUGUGAUUUUCUGUCCGAUGAGUCAUGUGCCAUGACGGAAAUCACAGAUUUGAGGAUGGAGAUGAUUCAUUUUCCUAGUUGUUAGGUGGAUGCUAAUUGGUCAAAGUUUUUUUUUUUAAGCUAUGAAAGGCUGGUCAUGGAUUGGUCUAAGUAAAGCACUUACGGUUACUUCAGAUGUUGUUGUUUGUUUAUUUCACGGUGAACGUGAAGCUGGUCCACUCUUGAGUAUAAUAUUCACUACUUUUUAUUUAGGGGUUAUGUUUUGUUUAUCUUUUUUUUUUUAAUCAAGAUUGUAAAAUUGGUUUUCACCUGAUAAAGAAUGUUACUGAUUAUUUUGUUUUGUUCAUAUAUGAUGUGUUUAUUUGACUCACCCCUAUCUAUGACACACUUGUGAUGAAUAUAUAUGUGAGAAUAUAUACAUAUUUAAUGUGUAUAGAGUAUGGACUGUAUGUGGUCUAUGUAUAUAUUUGAAAAUAGCUGCCAAAAAGAUGACAUAUAUUAACCUCAAACUUCAUGGAGACCAACUGUUGGACACGUGACAGCCCUUAGGUCCUGCUUAGCCUCUGUGGGAGAGAUGCAGGCUGAUGUUCAGCUUCACUUCAUCACUCAUAGUGGUUGAGGUCGAGCUGUACUGUAUGUGCCUAGCGUCAGCAUCACCUCAACAUCAGUCUCUCUGGUCUGCAGCCUGAUGUGCUGCAGCUGAGCUUUCCUGCAGAAUGUCAGGACUGCAGGUUGGGCCGUAGAGCUAGAGAGGAGGCCUGUCCAGACAAAAGUUCUCAAUGGGACUGUGUUCUAUUAGCUGUAUUUCUAUGGUAGGGUCCUCCAGCAUGUGUCUGACAGCAGUGGUCAGUCCAGUUGCCAAGGCUGUCCACAUCCACACACACCCACACACCAGUACACAGACACCGUUUUUUUUUAAAUCUCAUGCUUUUGAACAAUGCUUCGUCCUGGUCUGUUAGGACUGUGCUAUGUGUUGUUGUUGGAUCAUUUUUAUUUUAUUUUGAAGAUAAUUGCUUUCAGUUGUAGGUCCUGCAGGGAGAAAGGGACUGUUCAGUUUAUAACAUCUUUUUACACAACUGCUGCCAUCGUGUGAGUUGUAACCAUGUUGUUGUUAUGAUUAUCUUUGUGUAUUUGUUUGAAAAUUUGAGAUCAUUUCCAAUUUGAAUGCUUUCUUAAAUUAUUAUUUUCCAAUGAUCAGAGGACAAGGUUGGAAUACGAUGAUCAAAACGCUCAACCAGAGCUGGACACAGGAGGGGUCAUGUCCUGCAGCCUUACGUGAUUUUGUUGCACUCUCAAACUCAGACCUGCACUCCAGACAGUCUUGUGUGUGUACCACAUAGUAGAACACUCCAGACAGUCGUGUGUGUGUGUGUGUGUAUACCACAGUAGAACACAUGUUCACCUGCUGUCCUGCUAUGUGACUACUGACCAAAUACUGCAUGACACCAGUACUAACUGCAUGUGUUGAUAUGACAGCUACACAAGCGCACUCUCACACAUACACACACCCACACAUACACACGAGAUGACAUGCAAUUGACUCUAGUAUUAUUGUCAAACUUAGUAGUAUCUAUACAUUUUUAAAGGCUGUUGCAGACUUGGGAGUGGAUGUGCAGUGGAGUUUGACAAUAAAAGUAUUCCUGCCACAACUCCCCCAGUGCUGCA